UGUGUACCUGCAUGAUGUCAUCGUACCUUUCCUCCAUUACUCAGUUCCGCACCAGCUCCGGAAUUUCUUUCCCCCUCCCACAACCCCACCAGAUAGAGUGAACAGCGCAAUUCUUUCGCGUUCAGAGCCAAUUCAACAAGAAGGAUUGCGACAAACAGUGUAUCUUGACAAUCCUUAUUUUUCCUCCCCCCUCAUUCUCUUUGUCUCUUUCUUUCCCUCUCCAAUUCCCCAUACGCAGAAGAAGAUCAAUCCACCACCAUGGCACCAAGAACCGACCUAACCCUCCUAUCAAACGUGACACCUCCCUCCCUCGAACGCGCCUGGCUAACAGCCCCGCACCCGACCCUCCCGAUCAUCGCAACCUGCAGCAGCGACAAGACCGUGCACGUGUACUCGCUCACGAACUUCCGACUCCUGUCGACGAUCUCCGGCGGACAUAAGCGCAGCGUUCGGACCAGUGCCUGGAAACCGCACGUUAGCGGCGAGUCCGUGCUCGCUACGGGGAGUUUCGACGCGACUGUUGGGAUUUGGAGACGGUGGGAUGCAUAUGGCCAGGCGGGGGGUGAUGCUGGAUCAGAGACGCCUAAUGGCGACGACGGAGCGAAGAAGGAUCCGGAGGGGGUAGAAGGCGGCGCCGACGACGACGACGAAGAAUGGCGUUUCGCAGUCCUUCUCGACGGCCACGACAGCGAAGUCAAAUCCGUAUCGUGGUCCCCGUCCGGAAUGCUACUGGCGACAUGUUCGCGCGACAAGUCGAUCUGGAUCUGGGAGGACCUGGACGACGGGGACAACAAUUUCGAGACGGUGGCUGUGAUGCAGGAGCACGAGGGGGACGUGAAGUGCGUGGCGUGGCAUCCUGCCGAGGAGUGUCUUGCGAGCGCUAGCUACGACGAUACGAUCCGGUUGUGGAGGGAAGAUAUCGACGACUGGGGCCAGGUGGCUUGCAUUCGGGGCCACGAGGGGACGGUGUGGUUUUUGGAUUGGGAGGGUGUGGAGAAUGUGCCGAGGGGAGCGGACGAUGCGCUGGCCGCGCAGUGGAAGGAAGGACAUGCGCUGUCUGGGCCCCGUCUUGCUUCUUGCUCCGAUGAUCGCACGGUCCGUAUCUGGCGCCGCCAGCCGAAAGAAUCGCAGCAGCAGGCCCCCUUUGGCGGGACGGGCGUGCCUAGCAUUCUGCGCCCGACGGGGACAGACGAGACGUGGGAGGCGGACACGGUGCUCCCGCAGAUGCACGAUCUCUCCGUGUACGCCGUGGCGUGGAGCAAGCGGACUGGUCUGUUGGCGUCGGCUGGCGCAGACGGCCGUAUCGUCGUUUACGAAGAGCGGUUCGUCACUGAUGUGCCGGCGUCCGAUGAUGCCGCUACUGCCCCCAGCGAUGGAGUUGCGCCUGCACCUCGCACGGAGUGGACGGCGAUUGUGGUCCAGGACGGCGCGCACGGCGUCUACGAGAUCAACCAUGUGGCGUGGGCGAAGCGCGCUGAUCGAGGCCGCGCGGAGGGUCAAGAUGAGGAGGUCUUGAUUUCUACGGCUGAUGAUGGGAGCGUUAAGAUCUGGGCAUUGGGUGAAUGAACUUUUAGAACACCAGGAUAUAGAAGCAUCUCUCGAGUACUACGAUUGAUAUGAAUUAUAUACGCAGGUCUAU